GAGUUUUGCAUUUAGAUGGAUGAAAACAGGAGCGGGAAUGGGGUAGGAAGCGUUUCUUUAUUUCUUUCCCUCUUUGUCUUCGUCCUCACUCACAUACGAAGGGGCGGCGCCGGGCGGGGGGGCUUGGUGAAGAACAGCGGGCGGACCCUAGAGUUUGACGGCGCUAAUGGGAUUGGUUGUUGGAGGCCGUCGCAUUUCAGCCAAUAGAAACGCAGCCGCUUUGCCUAUAUGAAGGGCGUUCGGCGACCAGCGCCCUUCAUUUCAGCUUAGUUCGACAAACACGGUUUUAAAGGCAAAAUGAGUGGACGAGGCAAGACCGGCGGUAAAGCUAGGGCCAAAGCUAAGACUCGCUCCUCCCGCGCAGGCCUGCAGUUCCCUGUGGGACGUGUGCACAGGCUUCUGCGCAAAGGCAACUAUGCCGAGCGCGUCGGCGCUGGCGCUCCCGUCUACUUGGCUGCCGUGCUGGAGUAUCUGACCGCUGAGAUCCUCGAGUUGGCUGGUAACGCCGCUCGCGACAACAAGAAGACCCGUAUUAUCCCUCGUCACCUGCAGCUGGCCGUUCGUAACGACGAGGAGCUCAACAAACUGCUCGGAGGAGUCACCAUCGCUCAGGGUGGCGUUCUGCCCAACAUUCAGGCCGUCCUGCUGCCCAAGAAGACCGAGAAGGCGGUCAAGGCCAAGUAACCUGCUUUUCUCUUUUGAUUUGUAUAUAACCAACGGCUCUUUUAAGAGCCACCCACCUCAGCGACAAGAGUGCAGUUUUUCUUUCCUUUAUGCCACCAAAAAGAAAGGCGGCCGUUGAUCGAUCGGUGAUUGUGCAUUAGAGUGAAACAA